AAUAAGUAGUAAAAUAGAUAAAUCCAUUUUCAACUUAUUCAGAAUUUUUAAAAUUUUUUGAUUAAAAAUAUUAAUAAUAAAUGAAAUUAUAAUUAAGCUACAGAUAUUUUUUGCCAAGAACUUUUAUAAUAAAAUCUGGUGUCUUCUCAUAAUAAUAAAAAUAAGAGCUACCUUAAUAAAAUGAAGACAUAAUUGCAUAAAUAAACGAAAAUGUAUUAUAUUAUAUAAAAUCUGAUGAUUUAAAAAAUAAGCAUUAACAAUUAAAAUUAAUAAAUAUGACAUCUGAAAACUAAUAAUAUUUUAAAGAUUAUUAAGGAUAAGAAACUUUAAUUUUAUAAAAAAAAUAGAAUAAACAAUAAAAGAUAGCUAGGGAAAUCCUAUAAGAUUAAAAAUAAUUACUGUGCAAAUAAGAAAAGAGUAAUCUGAAAACCCUUAAUCUUAUUAUAAAAUAUAUAAUAUUUAAAAUUUGGUGAAUAUAUUAAAAUAAGACGAAAUUUAAUUAAUUAAAGGGAGGUUAGAAAAAAUUAAUUUUUAUAUAAAUAAAGAACUUUUUAACUAAUAAAAAGAAUAGAAAUAAGAACAUUAUUAUUUAUCAUUUGAACUAAAUUUUUUAAUAACAGAAAAUGAUUAUAGACCAUUAUUAGUAUCUUUUAAGAAUUUAAGGACUAAUAUCCUUUAAUAAAUUAAUGAUUUUAAGCCUUUAACAAAAAACAUUAAUGAAGACAAUUCUUUUAAAAUAACAAAAUGGGAUUUUGAUUAUAGACGAAGAAGAGUAUUCAUCUCAAAUAAUUUGAACUUUCACUAUUUCAGAAAAUACUUUAAUGAUUCAACUAUAUAAUUUUAACAAUAUAAUUACACAUAAGUAAAAUACUAAUAUUAAUAGUAUUUAUAAAAAAGUGACAUUAAAAUUUUAACUAUAAAAUGGUUUUAUUCUGAAAAAAUGAAAGAAAGCUUAUAAUUGUCUAAUUUUAUUAAUUAUUAUGAAAUAAUAGAUAAUAAAGAUUAAAUUAUUGAAAUUAUUGAAAAUUAUUAAAAAUAAAAUUUUUUGGCUUAUAAUCCGCAUUUAUUGAUUCCUAAAUCUUAUAAUAUAAAUUUAAAAAAAUCUUAUUAUUCAUAAGAAGAAAAGCUUUUCCUAUAAGAAACUGAAGGGGCUUGGAUUAUAAAGGAAACAUAUUAGGUAGGAGGAUAUGGUAUGAUUAUAUGCUCAGAUGUAAAAAGAAUAUAAAACGAUUUGUAGUAAAUGAAAUAAAGAAAAUAAAAAAAAAACUCUCAAAAAUAUGUUAUUUAAAGAUAUAUUUAAAACCCUUUACUUUAUGAUGGUAGAAAAUUUGAUUUGAGAAGUUAUUUACUUGUAGCUAGUGCUGAUCCUUUAAUAGUUUAUUAUGUACAUGGAAAUAUGAGGCUUUCAUUUACUAAAUAUAAUAAUAAUUUCACUUUACUGAGAACUAAAUAUGAUGAUAUGAGUGCUCAUUUAAUUAAUUGGACUUAGUAAAAAAAAUAUGUAGGUGAUGAUGAAGAAUUAAAUUAAUUAUUAGGUGGAACUUUUGCAGAUUUUGAAAAUUUUUUGAUUAAUUCUUAUGGUAAAACUAAAGAAUGGAUAUAUGAAAAUAUAUACGAAAAAAUGUUUGAAAUUUUCGCUUAUAUAUUUGAAGCUUCUAAAGAUUAAAUGAAGAAAAAGUAAGGGCAUUUUUAAAUAUUUGGAACAGAUAUUAUGCUUGAUGAUAAUCUUAAUGUUUACUUUAUUGAAAAUAAUGGCUUUCCAGGAAUAACUUAUGAUGAUAAUAAAAUAUAUCACUAUCCUAUUGAAACUGCUGUAAAUAAUACUAUUAGAAUGGCCACAUAUGUGCAAGAGUAAUAGGUUAAAGGUUAAAUUAUUGACACAGACUAUUUAAAUUCAAUUUGUAUAGAUUGUACACUUAUUUAUAAUUAAUUAACUAAUUAUUCUUUUGUAGAAAAAUAUAGAUAGAAAUGAUUUUUUUUUAAAAAAAAGUCUAUAUUUUACUUUAGUUUUAAUUAUUUAUAUCAAAAAAAAAUGA